AUGGCUACGUCCCUCCCACUGCAUUGUUGCUGCUAUUAUUUGUACAAGCACAUUCACUCACUCGCACACACGCGCUAAAUGUGCCGUACGUUACAUAGUCUAGUGUGUCAGUUUUCGGCUUUUUUUAUCUCCUAUUCAGUACUUUGUAAUUGAUGCGCGAUGCCGUUGUAUCUUAAUAAAAAGACUAUUGACACUCCGGUGCAAAACGAGAUGAAGCCCCGAUGAAGUCGUCAUUUCGGCGGUAAAUUCGUUAAAAAAACUCGUAUAAGCUGAGGUGUUAAAUAUAACGGUCAAUGUUGUUGCAAAAUGACCGGGAACAGCCUCGAGUCUGGCCACUCGUACCAUCAUCUGACACCGGCCGUUGGCCGAGACAUGAUGCUCUGGCUGAAACGCAUAAAAUUACCGAAAAUCAUUAUUCUGGUCCUUAUACUCUUUUGUAUUGUGCCAUUGUUUAUACACUACUACUUGUCAAAGGUGGAGACAGAUCUGUCAAAUCUGGACAUUCACCAAGCACGCACCAGAUUAGAAGGCUUUCACGACUUUACAUCCAUGAAUGCAGCUGAUUUAAAGAUGCGCAUUGAGGAGAUGUUACGUAUCAAGCAGUCUGUGAGCAAUGAGCUGAGGGAUCUUGAAGCCAAACGUAGAAAACUCCAUGUUGAUAUUAGUAGUUUGACACAGCAAAUAGAUGAACUAAAACAGGAAAUGCUGCAUCAACAAAUGGAGUUGGACAGAUUGAAAAUUAGUGUUGUUCAAGCUCAAGCAGCUCAUAGGGAAGCUGUAGAACGUAAUACUCCAGAACUAGCACCACCAAAGAGAGUUUUGAGUAACUUGAUCCCAGAGAUACUUCCAUCUAGUCCUAAUUCAAAAAUAUGCAGAAUGUACAGCUGUUUUGAUCACAGUCGUUGUGCUUUAACCAGUGGGUUUCCUGUAUAUCUUUAUGAUCCUGAUGAAUUUCCUGUUGUUAAUCCAGGAUAUGAUAUUGAUGGGUUCUUGAAAACUUAUAUUAAGCAAACUUUAGGUUAUAAUGCACAUCUAACUUUUGAUCCAGCGGAAGCAUGUAUAUACAUUGUCCUUGUAGGAGAAACACUACCAGUAUCUCAAAAGACUAGAAAUUUGAAAAGUCCAUUAGAUAUUAAGAAACUCCAAGCUCUUCCUUAUUGGGGAGGUGAUGGUAGAAAUCACAUAUUGUUGAAUUUAGCUCGCAGAGAUCUAUCAGCUGAUUCAUGCAAUCUGUUUGAUGGUAUUGAUACUGGUCGCGCGAUUGUUGUACAAUCGACGUUUUUAAGGGAUCAUUUUCGCGAAGGUUUUGAUAUGAUUGUUCCACCCAUAUUGGGACCACCAGGGGGUGAUAUCUGGCCAGAAUGUGCAUAUAUGCUACCUGCCAGAAGAAAAUAUUUACUUUCUUUCCAAGGAGAAAUGAGAGCUUUGAAGUCUCCUUCAACAACAAACGAAGUAGAUGAUGCAGAAAUCGACAUCGAUAGAACACCUCUUGACGAGAGUAAUCUAGACAAUUUUAUAACGCAGUAUUUAAAAGACAUAAGUAACGGAGCUACUUCAGACAAAUUUUUCAUACAAUUCGAGUGUAUUCCAGCGUCGGACGAGAAAAAAGUGAACGAGGUCCUCGACUGGUCUUUGUGUGGUAUUGAUUCUUCAAGAAAAGCUAUUCUACAAGAGUCAACUUUCGCUCUUAUCCUCGCACCCAGUAACAUCAGUUACUUAUCCACAGCGUCGAUGCAAGCUCGACUUUACGAAGCUUUGAGAUCUGGCGCAAUACCAGUGAUUUUAGGUGGUGAUAGAACAGCACUAAGCUAUAAAGAGGUCAUCUCCUGGAGAAGGGCAGCUAUUUUCUUGCCUAAAGCAAGAGUUACGGAGAUGCAUUUCCUGCUUAGAGCCGUACCUGACAAUGAUCUGCUUGCAAUGAGGAGACAAGGUCGACUCAUUUGGGAAAGAUACUUUGGCACGGCGCAAAGCGUUGUCGAUACAAUUGUUGCUGUAUUGAGAGAUCGUUUGGGUAUACCACCUUUACCAGCGCCGCAGUCUUUAAGUCCAAGCAUUUUUAAUUCAUCCUUCGUGCCUUUGAGAUCCGAUACAAUCAUACCGGAAUCUGAAGCCGAAGAAAGCCUUGGGCCAUUAGAACCUCCAUAUCCAUCUCCUGCUUACAGGAGGAACUAUACAAUAAUGUUAGUACAAGGUUACCAAAUGUGGAACGACUGGGUCGAUCCGUUUAAUUUAUAUCCUCAACUGCCAUUUGAUACCGUUUUACCUAGCGAUGCAAAAUUUAUUGGGUCGGAAACCGGCUUCCGUCCUAUCGGAAAAGGAGCUGGAGGCGCUGGUAAGGAGUUUAGCGAGUCUCUUGGCGGCAAUCAUCCACGAGAACAAUUUACGAUUGUAAUGCUUACAUAUGAAAGAGAACAAGUGUUGAUGAACUCCUUGGCCCGACUCUACGGGUUGCCAUAUUUGAAUAAAGUCGUAGUUGUAUGGAAUAGUCCGAAACCUCCAGUAGAAGAUUUGCGAUGGCCUGAUAUCGGAGUACCAAUACAUGUUGUAAAAGCAAAACGUAAUAGUUUGAAUAAUAGAUUUAUGCCAUUUGAUGUUAUCGAAACUGAAGCCGUUUUGUCUGUUGACGAUGAUGCGCAUUUGAGACACGAUGAGAUAAUGUUUGGAUUCAGAGUAUGGAGAGAACACAGGGAUCGAGUCGUAGGUUUCCCAGGUCGUUUUCAUGCCUGGGAUCAAAAUUUUCACAACGCUUGGAAUUACAACUCCAAUUAUUCAUGUGAGUUGUCAAUGGUGUUAACGGGAGCUGCUUUUGUUCAUAAACAUUAUUUGUAUCUAUAUACGCAUUGGCUCCCUCAAGCCAUCAGAGACAAAGUUGAUGAAUAUAUGAAUUGUGAAGAUAUUGCCAUGAACUUUUUAGUCUCGCACAUCACGAGAAAGCCUCCGGUUAAGGUGACUUCUCGUUGGACCUUUAGAUGUCCAGGUUGUCCAGUGUCAUUAUCAGAAGAUGAUUCACAUUUUCAAGAAAGGCAUAAGUGUAUAAACUUUUUCUUGCAAGUAUUUGGCUAUAUGCCGUUGUUAAACACACAAUAUCGUGCCGAUUCUAUACUAUUCAAAACUAGAAUACCACACGACAAACAAAAGUGUUUCAAGUUUAUAUAAAAGCUAAAUUUUUACUGAGCAAUAUGAGAUUAAAAGAAUAUUAUCUUGACUGAUGUGAUAAAAGAAAAUUUUUAAAAACUUUUUCAUGUAAAUAUGUAGGUACUAUUGUCGGUAUGAGCAACAAAGAUAGACGCUUAUAGGACAGGUUUUAUGGGGGCUCAGUCAAGUAGCCUAACACGAUCCGUAGUUCUGUUAGGCAGUUAUGGUAUGGCGCCGUCGUUGCUGCCUAACAAAGCUAUAGUAUUUAUAUAGCUUUUCGAAGUGCUUAGCAUACGUAACUGAACAACCUCGGUUUAGCUUGACUAACUAACAGCAACGAAGAUAGACGUUUCAUUGCGUCAUCUUCGUUGCUAACAGCGACCUACCCCAUUCCAGCCUGUAUAAUUAAUGCAAAAUUAAAUAAAAAUAUAUCAAUCCAAAGAUUUUGAUUUUCCCAAUCCACCUGUAUUGUCAGAUUUAUUUGCCCAUUCUUAGCUUCCUCGAAAAAAUGAGACAAUAAUUUUCCCAAUGAUUUUAAACAUCUCUAUCUCUUCUAUUAAAUAAAAUUUCUGAAUGUAGUAAAUUGUAAAAAAUUGUG